CAGUUGAUAAUAUUUUAUGUGAUGGCUGAGAAAAAAAAUUUGUAAAGAGGUUUAGUUUAAUAAUAGACAAUACAAAUUUUUAUUAAGUAAAUGUUAAAAAUAAAUAUAAAAUAAUAAAAAUUAGUAAUUGAUAUGAAGUUUUUGAGUCUAGUUAAUAGAAAGUAUUUUAAAAGAAACUUUAGUUGGAUUCUUUUAUAGUAAAUGCUGCACGAAUAAAUACAUCGAAAAAAUGUAUAAUCAUCAGCUGGAUUUUUAAGAAGGAAAAUAUAAAUAAAAUUCUAAUUUUCUUAUUAUUUUCUUUAAAAAUAAUUUUCUAACGGCAUAAAUUAUUGCAUCCAUUCCGUUUAAAGCAGAAUAAUUUGUCAAAUACUAAGAAUAGAAGAUUUUUAGAAGAAGGAAAUUUUUUCAAUGUAAAAAAAUGUAUCUAUAGCAUAUAUUACACAUUCAAGGUAUGAUAACUGCUGUUGCCUUCCUUCCGUAAAUAAAAAGAGAAAGUUAAAGACUUCAUAUUUCAUAUCAAAUCAAAUUUAAUUGCCUGCAUUUUUAAAAUAUAAAUUACCUGAACUCAAUUAAAAAUAAUUUUGAAAUAGCUUGGCUAAUUACAUAAAUAGAAAUAAAUUGAUUUUUACCAAACUAAAAUUAACAACAAACGGUCGAUAGAGGAACAAACAAGAAAAAAGCAAAAUGUCCGGUUAUCAACAUCAUAAUGGAUAUCACCACCGUAAUAAUCAUGAUGAAGGUCAACAAUCAGUUACUAAUUAUUCGCAUAUGAAUGGACAUAGUUCAAGAAUGUUAAAUGGAUAUCAUAAAUUAAAUGAUCAAAUAGCUAUACCUGAAAUGUGCUUCUUUUGUUUUGAAGUAUUGUAUUGUGAACUAAAUAAUAUUGAUGGUCCAGCUGAUCCUCAAUUUACUAACGAUCCACACCCACUAUUUGUUACAUGGAAAAUAGGCCGUGAUAAAAGGUUACGUGGUUGUAUAGGAACUUUUAGUGCAAUGCAACUUCACGCAGGCUUGAGAGAAUAUGCUUUAUCAAGCGCUUUAAAGGAUUCUCGUUUUUCUCCAAUAACACGUAAUGAAUUUCCAAGACUGACAGUAUCUGUUUCCAUCCUACAGGGUUUCGAAGAAGCACGUGGUUACUUAGAUUGGACAUUAGGUGUUCAUGGAAUACGAAUAGAAUUUAUUAAUGAGCGAGGAUGUAAACGGACUGCUACUUAUUUGCCACAGGUUGCAACCGAACAAGGUUGGGACCAAAUUCAAACAAUUGAUUCUUUACUUAGAAAAGGUGGCUAUCGUUCAACAAUUACACCUGAAUUACGUAAAUCAAUUAAGUUGACUCGUUAUACUUCCCAAGAAAUUCAUAUGAAUUUUAAUGAAUACCGUGAAAUAUUGGAACGUAGAGCUCAGUAUAACAAUAGUUAGAAUGCAAUGCUAACAGCUUCGAAAAUUUUUAUUGGGUUGAAUUUUCCUUUCCCUUUUAAAUAACUCUAUUUAA